AUGUCUCUCCGCAUCGUCCCAGAGUCCAACCCCUCCUCCUCCUUCACCCAUCAGCCCACCCGCGCCCAUGUUGCUCCAUCAGCACCUGGUCUUCACGACACACUUCGCGCUGGUGUCGGCGCCAACCCUCUCACAACUCCCGCGACCCAAGCCAUCUCCGCCCACCCUCUCGAGGCCCGCUUAAAACAGUGGGAGGCCACCCGCGAGCAGCUCAAGAUGGAGACACUCCGUCGCACAUAUGGCAUCGCCGAGCCAGUCCGCAGAGGCAUGGAGCUCAAGAUCACUCGUGAAGGAACAUGGAAGCCCCUGUGCCUGGGCGGCAACAGCACACCUAGCAUUCACGAAGAGAUCUUGACUGGACGGGACGGCAUUAUUGAAUGGGAGGAUGUAUUUACUGGGGAGGAGAACGGAGCGAACAUCAGUGUGCACGAGGAGAUCGAGCGCAAGGUGAAGAUGUAA